UCACAGAGGGCCCACAGGCUCGAACAGAGCUCCGUUUCUUCAAGAGAAGACGGUUGGAAGGCUUUUCAUCCGCUUGUUUGUCAGUCUCCACUGCCUGCGUUAAUUACAGGCCCGAGGCUGCACUUUGAGCUCCUGCGUGGUCUUGAGAAAGAGCCACACGUCCCAUUCUCACAACACACGCGCACACACACACACACACACACACACACACACACAGAAACACUGGCGUGCAUUUAGUGGAGCGAGCCAGUCAGUGAAGACAGCCAGUGCGCGUCACUACGGGUUGUUUCGGAAGGGCUUCUUUCUCUCUUGCAGGACCUGAGAGGAUGCAGGAUGGCGUCUCUGCUGCUGCUGCUGCCCGAGACCACGCGCGACCUCCAUUAAAUCCUCACGCCGUGGAAGCACCAUGGCUGUUGACGCGGCAUCCAGUUUCAGUUUCUGCCGGCCAGCGGUGGAGUACAGAGCUCUGCCCGACGACUUUAAACAGCAGCUGAGUCGACGGACGGGGGGCAACCUGACCUGGCACGACGGCCGCGGACAGAAGGCGGCGGGAGGCCAGGCAGUCAAGCUGCUGCAGCAGCCAGGCACAGAGGCCCAUCAGUAUCGUUCCAGUGACAAUUACAGCAUAUACAACACCAGCCCGACGCAGCCCAGCUUGAUCCGACCCGUUGUGCUGUGGACGCAGCAAGAUGUUUGCAAAUGGCUGAAGAAGCACUGUCCACACAACUACUUGGCCUAUGUCGAGGCCUUCUCCCAUCACGCCAUCACAGGCCGGGCGCUGCUCCGUCUCAAUGGCGACAAGCUGAAGAGGAUGGGACUGGUGCAAGAGACGCUGAGACAGGAGCUGCUCCAGCAAGUUCUUCAGCUGCAAGUUCAGGAGGAAGGACGCAACCUGCAACUGCUCAGCAGAGGUGAAGGCAUGGUACACACCAGGAAAUGCUACUUGAAAGGAGACAAUUCUAACUUGGUUUCUUUGAAAAGAGGUCGUAGGUAAACCCGCUUGAGGGAGAGACAUUCUGUGGGACGUAUUGCACCAAGCAGGUAUAAGUGCAGGUGCACAGUCCACAGACGGAUGAUGACAAUCGCUUCUGUCGUGAUUUUGUUAUUUUUACAUUAUUUGUGUAAACUGGUUCAAUGAAUUCAAGAUAAUUAAAAUAUCAACAAAAA